AUGAAUCCUUCAGUGGUCAGAAAUAAAUCUACAAACGAGGCGCAUCAAGUCGCUGCUGUGAAGUAUGCAAAGCGAGUAAGCGAAUUUGCGAACCUACCCGACGGUCGAGGGGCGAACCAUGAGAUACUCCGGCGAUUUCUUGAGAGGUUGCUAUCACAUGCAUCAUCUUCAUUAAAUCUUUCUCGUCACGAUGAGCGCUUUGCGCUUGCAUACACGUUUGACAAAGAUGACGAUGAGAAGCUCCAGAAGACGUGGACUCUCAGCUGUGCCAUAGAAUAUGAAUCAUGCUUUGACUUCGCAAACAAGACGGGCUCAGAGACCUCUAAAUCGUUAGGCAGGCUACUCUUUCUUCGUGGUUUUCCUUCUGCGGAGUGGCUGAGCCUUAUUGGCGCUAAAUACAAAGUUGAUUCGGAAUUCUUUAUGCGUUUUCUGCAUUUCAAGCCCGCCAAAGAAAAUGCCGUCAACUAUUCUCUCCCAGCUCUACCAGCAGCAACAUGGAACAUUCUUGAGCUUCCGAUAAUCACAAUAGGGGAAAGAAAAGUUUUCCCAGGAUUCAUACACCAGGUUGAAAUAGAUAAAAUGCGCAUGGAAGCGAGAUUGAAACUUCAAGAGCACCAUGAGCUUCUACGCGGACACGAGAUCAUAGUAGCCUCUUCUGUAGUCAGAGACGUUGCCAUAAUUGAUCACAAUAGCUUUGCUCUGGAACAAUGCAUCUGGAUCUGUCUCCAACCUCUCACAAGAAAAACCGCUGAAGACUCCCAAUGGACACUUCUUGUGUGGACAGAUGCAGGCCGUACACCAAGCAUCAAGUCUAUCUUAGACCUUCGUGUCCUUCCAGAAGCUUUCCAGAAUAAUGCAUCGUCUCUAGCACCCGUCAUUGACUAUAAGCCCGGUACAGGUCUUGCAGCUCAUCAAUAUAAUUCCCAUGGACAUUUACACUCUAUUGGGGGGGCAGAAGCAGCAUCACAACUUUGUGUUGGAUAUGGUCGAACUUUGUAUACGGAUAUCAUGGCAAAAGACCCACUCUACGCUCUAACCGAAGUAUUCAACCUCACUACAGCCUCCGUAAAUCAGUAUCUAAAUCUCGUCGAGCACAAGUUGGCUGGAUUCACCGACGAUGAGCACUACGAUAAUUUCGACAUGUUAUCCAACCUAAGAUACAUUAAAGACAUACUGUAUCGACAGCAACGACAGCUUGAUCAGGUCAACGCUUGGCUGAAGCUUUACCAACUACAUGGUGGAACUGGCUGGCGCACUACUAGGCAGGAAGAUCCCAAAGCAGCUCAGGCGCUAACAUCAGUCGUUCAGCGAUACGAGUAUCUCCAGAUACGUGUCAAAACAUUGCAAGCUCAAUGUCAGGAUGCUAUCUCUAGUCUUAUGAACAGCAUCAACUUAAAGGAGAUAAAGAAUUCAUACGAACAAUCUAAACGUAUUGGCAAACUCACCUUCCUGGCUUUCGCGUUUGCACCACUAUCGUUUACGACAUCUUUCUUCGCCAUGAACAUAGGUUUGGAAAAUCUCUCGCUAAAAACCUGGUUUGCAGCAACCAUUGUUCUAUUCAUGAUUAUCUCACAUACGGCUUCAGUCACGACGAAGUGCAUAACUCAACUCAAAUUCUCCGAGAAUACAUGUGGGGUAAGGUACCAAGGCUCUAUUGGCGGCAGCCACUUGGAUUUGGGCCAAUGGAUACUCCGUAGUCCCCGACAAGAUGCCCUGUCUUGUCCUCGCCCCGAUGGACUAUCUGACGCAGUGUCUACAACUGCCACCGUUCGAUUUCGCACAAGCGCGACUCUACUGCGAAAUAUGUCUCCUUCUACUGCGUACAGCUUCACCAAGACUGACACAGUUGCUGAAGCAAGCUUUACGUUUCAGUCCAUCCAAAACUUGAGCUGGCUGGGAGGCAGGGGCUACGAGCUAGUCAUGUUCCAAGUUCACGGGGUGCAGCACCGUAGUAAAGACGGCGUCAUUCGCCAUGGCACUUACAUUCCCAUUGUUCUGGAAAAUCUGACGGAUCCAAUCAUCUCUGGUCGGGAAGACCUUGGUUGGCCAAAGUUGUAUUCCGAAAUCAAGUUCAAGAACGACACCGAUCUUGGGGGAAACUUGGAUGUUGAGCUUUCCUGGGGUGGUGUGAAAUGGGCCUUUUUCUCCUGGGGUCGGUUGAACGCAAAUGACGCGCCACGAUCCAGCCAUACUGCUGGCAUCAAUGGCGUCAACAGUGGCAAUCUCGCAAAUGGAUCUGGGGCCGGCGAAGAGCCUGUACUGAGCUUUUGUUCCUCCAGCGAUGAUGCGUUGGGAGCGGCUGACGCAGAUUAUGACGUGUUGAUUCAUUCGACCAAGCCGAAAGUUUUGAUGAGCCAACAGGCGUCAGCUGCCGGCUUGCAAAUUCUAGAGCGGACAAAGAAGCAGCUCCCUACUUUACAUCAUGUGGUCAACCGAUUAUCGGAGCUACCGAUAUUAAGCAUCGUCGACGCAUCAGUGAAGGAAAUGCUCGGGCAGGACCAGUUUAUGGGAGCAAAAAGAAUUGAAUAA